AUGAGGGUGACGCUUUUAUUGUGAAACAUAGCGGAAGCCGGCGUGUUCCUGUCAGCGGCAGCAGAAGAAGCUGUCCGUUAGCAUUAGCAGUAGCAUUAGCUAAACCCGCGGGUGACUGCGGCCGUGUGAUGUCAUGUCUCUGCAGGUGAUGCUGCAGGAGCGAAUCAGCUGUGCGCAGGCGUUGCUGCAGCGAGCAGAGCUUCUGGGUCAGGUGGAGGGUUGGGGGAAGCUGUGCGGGAAGCUGCGUGCUGAGCUGCGCUUCCUGCGGCGGGUGGAGGCCGGCGAGCUGCAGGUCAAAGAAUCUCACCUGCACAGCACCAACCUGACACACUUGACCGCCAUUGUGGAGACGGCGGAGAGCCUGGAGGGCGUGGUGGCCUUACUGCACGUCUUCACCUACCAGGAUGCCGCCAGCCUCCGGCAGACACUGGUGGUGGACGUGGUGGCGAACGGCGGGCACACCUGGGUGAAGGCGGUGGGCAGGAAGGCGGAGGCUCUGCACAACAUCUGGCAGGGGCGGGGCCAGUACGGCGACAAGAGCAUCGUCCGACAGGCGGAGGAGUUCCUGCGGGCCAGCCGCCAGCAGCCUGUCCAGUACCGCCACCCGCACGUUGUUUUUGCCUUCUACAAUGGCGUCUCCAGCCCCAUGGCCGAACGUCUCAACCACAUGGGCGUCUCCGUCCGCGGUGACAUCGUCGCCGUCAACACUGUGGUAAUGGAGGAGGGUGGCGCUCAGGAGGAGCAGCAGGAGCAGGAGCAGCAGGAGCAGCAGGAGGAGGAGGAGCAGCAGCGGGACAGUGACGCAUCUGAGGAUGAAGAGGAGGCGGAGACAGAGCUGACCAGGGUGGACCGCGGCACAGUGGUGGCGAGCCUGGCGUUCCCCGCUCAGGUUCAGGUGGAGGAGUGUCAGCGCGUGAACCUGGACAUCACCACGCUCAUCACAUACGUGUCGGCUCUGAGUCACGGCCGCUGCCACCUCACCUUCAGGGAGGUGGUGCUGACGGAGCAGGCGGCUCAGGAGCGCCGCGAGCCGGUGCUGCCGCGCCUCCUCGCCUUCAUGCAGGGGAAGGAGCUGUUCGCCUGCCGUGCAGCCGUCACCGACUUCCAGCUGAUCCUUGACACGCUGGGCGGUGAUGGCGAGAAGGAGCGCGCCCGCCAGCUGCUGGCCCGCCUCCACCUGGUGGACGACCAGCCGUCAGAGCGCUCGCUGAGCCUCACGCCCAGCGCCAAGGUCAACCGCCGCUCGCUCACCAUCUUCGGCACCGGAGACUCUCUGAGAGCCGUCACCAUGACAGCAAACAGCCGCUUCGUCAGGGCGGCGGCCAAUCAGGGUGUUCGAUACAGUGUGUUCAUCCACCAACCCCGAGCGCUGACUGAGGGCAAAGAGUGGCGAGCCACGCCCGUCUGACUGAGAGAGAGGGGGUUGAUGGGAGUUUGAGUUCAUGUAAAUAUGGAUCUGUUAUUUUUGUUGAGAUCAAUAAAGUGUCACAGUCGCUU